GCUGGAAGUCGAAAUUCAGCCGCUCGACCGAAAUUGCGGCGCACCGGCUUUUUGAAUCCGAACGGAAGGAGUCGGAAACAUUCUCAUUAUCCUGAAAGGAAGUGCUCCAAGGACAGCCAUGCGGCUGGGAUGGCGCUACUGCAUUGCUCUGGCUGCGAUGGUGGCCAUUUGGCUGGCAGUUGUGUUUCUCUUGUCGGACAAAAUCAUGAACUACGACCAUUCCAAGUCCAGUGAUCAUGUCGAGCUGGUCUGGUGGUCAAGGGACAUGUCCUGGAACUACGACGAGGUGCGCCAAUGUGGCAUCAACACUUGCCGCAUCACCAACAAGCGACACCGCCUUCCGAUGUCCCGGGGCGUUCUGUUUUACGGCUCCAACAUGAAGACUGGAGACUUCCCGGUGCCGCGAGGCAAGCAGCAUGUGUGGGCCCUGCUGCAUGAGGAAUCACCCAGGAACACACCGUUUGUCUCCAACGAUGAGUUCCUCCGGCACUUUCACUUCACCUCGACAUUCAGCCGCUUUAGCAACAUGCCGCUGACGACGCAGUACUUGCCCAGUGGCCAGGCGCUCACCUCGAAAGAUUAUCACGUUUCAUUUGCCGGGAAGUCCAAGUGGGCAUUCCGUCCAUCCGCAUCGAUAGCUUUCAUGCAAAGCGAUUGUGACACGAUGUCUGGAAGGGAGGAUUAUGUCAAGGAGCUGAUGAAGUAUCUCACGAUCGAUUCGUACGGCAGCUGCCUGCGUAACAAAGAUCUUCCUGAAAGCCUAAAAAACGACUACUUGAAUAACCUUUAUUCACCGGAGUUGCUGCGAUUUCUUUCUGAAUACAAGUUCAUGAUUGCCAUUGAGAAUGCUGCCUGCCCCGAUUACAUUACAGAGAAGUUUUGGCGUCCUUUGGUGAUGGGGGUAAUUCCAAUUUACUUUGGUUCACCCACCAUAAAAGACUGGCAGCCGAAUAAUAAAUCUGCGAUUUUUGUAGAGGACUUUACACACCCACGGGGGUUGGCAAAUUAUUUAAACGAGUUGGCCGAUAACCAAACUCUGUACGACUCGUACCGGCAGCACAAACUAAAUUGGCGCAACCCCAUCUCCAACAAGAAGUUGCUCCACAAUUUGGUCACGCGGCAGUACCACAUUGGCGAUUCUUCUCCGGGAGCUUCACUCUUUGAUAAGUUUGAGUGUUCGGUUUGCAACUAUGUGAUCAACACCGCCAGAAACGUAAUGGCCAACUCGCGUCAUUACAACUGCCCCUUGGAACCGGUGUACGCUCACCUGGAGGAUAAGAAGAUGCCCCGGAAUGUCGCUGACUGGAGAUCCAUGAUGGAAGUAGGCCAGUGUCAAGCAAAGAUACUGGACGAGUUCUUUCGCCGAAAUUCCAGCUUCCAUGAAGCCGACUUUGAGGCUGAACUAACCCGAAGGAUGGACAGAAAUCAGUGCAAAUAGAUCGUGCAAGUUAACGGUCAUCCUAAACAUUCCUAUAUUUAGUGGUUGAAGCGUACGACAAUAACACUCAGAUUUUACCUUGUGAUAAUAAAUAGUACUUUUAUGAAUUAUUAAUUUCAUAUAAAAAUCGAUCUUUAAGCUCUUUACUAUUCCUUUAAACCCUUUACUUUAAAUAAAAUGUACCAAAUCAAGUG